AGAAGAAGCAGAAGCAGAAGCAGAAGCAGACUUGUCAGAAAGGGCAAAAUCCGAAAUAUUAUCUAUGACUGGUGACAGCUAGAUGCCCUGCUACAACACAGCACACUGAUACAGGAAGCAUUUGUGCAAGAGAAAUGGCAAACAAAGGCAACAGUGAGGACACAGGAAUGCUUUCCUUUCAACUUUCAGACACUAUGCAGCAGGGAACUGACUCUACAGGACAUGAUACAACAGAGAAAAGUGAGAGUAGCAGUGAACUUGAGGAGAAACAAACAGGCCUGUCAGGUGAUUCUUUGCCAGAUAAUGUACCUAAAGAGGAUGAUGGUGGGUCUGCAGCACAAGUUCACACAGAGGACACAGGAAUGCUUUCCUUUCAACUUUCAGACACUAUGCAGCAGGGAACUGACUCUACAGGACAUGAUACAACAGAGAAAAGUGAGAGUAGCAGUGAUCCUGAGGAGAAACAAACAGAUGCUGUGCAGCAGGGAACUGUCUCUAGGUCUGACCCAGGACAUGAUACAACAGAGAAAAGUGAGAGGAGCACUGAACCUGAGGAGAAACAAACAGGCCCGUCAGGUGAUUCUUUGCCAGAUAAUGCACCUAAAGAGGAUGAUGAGGACACAGGAAUGCUUUCUUUUCAACUUUCAGAUGCUGUGCAGCAGGGAACUGACUCUAGGUCUGACCCAGGACAUGAUACAACAGAGAAAAGUGAGAGUAGCAGUGAUUCUGAGGAGAAACAAACAGAAAAGACGACACAGAUUCGCAGUAGUUCUGAGACCGAGAAGGACCCUCACUCUGGCACAGAACCUAAGAGAGACAUGGACAGAGAAAAGGGCCGUAAACCUGAGAGAAAAGAAGGCCUGUCAGGUGAUUCUUUGCCAGAUAAUGCACCUAAAGAGGAUGAUGAGGACACAGGAAUGCCUUCCUUUCAACUUCCAGAUGCUAUGCAGCAGGGAACUGUCUCUAGGUCUGACCCAGGACAUGAUACAACAGAGAAAAGUGAGAGUAGCAGUGAUCCUGAGGAAAAACAAACAGAAAAGACAACACAGAUUCACAGUAGUUCUGAGACCGAGAACCACCCUCACUCUGGCACAGAAUCUAAGAGAGACAUGGACAGAGAAAAGGGCCGUAAACCUGAGAGAAAAGAAGGCCUGUCAGGUGAUUCUUUGCCAGAUAAUGCACCUAAAGAGGAUGAUGAGGACACAGGAAUGCUUUCCUUUCAACUUUCAGAUGCUGUGCAGCAGGGAACUGACUCUAGGUCUGACCCAGGACAUGAUACAACAGAGAAAAGUGAGAUUAGUUGUGAUCCUGAGGAGAAAAAAACGGACACAGAUUCGCAGUAGUUCUGAGACCAAGAAGCACUCUCACCCUGGCACAGGACCUAAGAGAGACAUGGACAGAGAAAAGGGCCGUAAACCUGAGAGAAAAGGCUCGUCAGUUGAAUCUUUGCCAGAUAAUGCAUCUAAAGAGGAUGAUGGUGGAUCUGGUUUGCAGGAAAUUAAUAAAGUAUUUUGGACUGCAGCUGCUGUCGUUCUGUUAGCUGUGGUUUGUGCAUUAUGGCAGCGUAGUCCUGACUCAACUCCACCUGUACAAAAGGAGAUUAAUGUGGUGGACGUGUUCAACCAGGAAAUGAAAAAACUUGAGACUACCUUUCCAAAUCAGCAUCCAGAGCUCUGGAGGAGGAGUCUUAUUCAUCUCAGGCGCCACCUAAAGACUAAGAACCCCACUGAACCUGUCAGCCUGAUUCUGACGUCUGAUCACAGAGCUGAAAAGACACUUGGUUGCCUGGCCCAAUGCUUGGCCCGAGCAUUUUCUACUGCCCAUAACACUUCAGUUCUGAAUAUUAAUGGCAAAAACAAAACAUCACAUGACAGUGAUCAGGUCAAACUGGACAUUGAUAGUGAAUUGACAAAAGCCUUUGAGGGUAAAAAGUCUGCUGCAGUUAUCCACCAUUUUGAGGAGCUCCCUCCUGGAUCCACUCUCAUCUUCUACCGUUACUGUGACCAUGAGAAUGCGGCUUAUAAAGAUGUCUUCUUGGUCUUUACUGUAAUGCUUGAUCCAGAAGUGGAAUUGACAUCCAAUGACAGUCUAAGAAGAGUUGGGGAGAUGGUUAAAGAGCACAUAAAACAGAAGUUUGUCUCCUCUGACAAGUCAGCUAUGUUUAAUCAAAUGGAUGUUGACAAACUAGGUGGACUGUGGACCCGAAUUUCACAUCUCAUUUUGCCAGUGGCUGCAGAAAAGAAAAUUGAAAAGCAGGGCUGUGGGGAUUGUGAAUCCCCUCUUAAUAUCCAAAAGCCUGAAGAAGAAGACACAGCAAGUGUUAUACAUGAAGAAGAUGUGGAGAGGGAUGAGAACGUCCAAGCACAGAUCAUUGUGCCAGUGAAUAAUAAAAAGACGACAGACAUUCACAGUAGUUCUGAGACCGAGAACCACCCUCAGUCUGGCACAGGACCUAAGAGAGACAUGGACAGAGAAAAGGGCCGUAAACCUGAGAGAAAAGAAGGCCUGUCAGGUGAUCCUUUCCCAGAUAAUGCACCUAAAGAGGAUGAUGAUGCUGUGCAGCAGGGAACUGACUCUACAGGACAUGAUACAACAGAGAAAAGUGAGAGUAGCAGUGAUUCUGAGGAGAAACAAACAGGCCCGUCAGUUGAUUCUUUGCCAGAUAAUGCACCUAAAGAGGAUGAUGGUGGGUCUGAAAAGACGACACACAUUCACAGUAGUUCUGAGACCGAGAACCACCCUCAGUCUGGCACAGGACCUAAGAGAGACAUGGACAGAGAAAAGGGCCGUAAACCUGAGAGAAAAGAAGGCCUGUCAGGUGAUCCUUUGCCAGAUAAUGCACCUAAAGAGGAUGAUGAUGCUGUGCAGCAGGGAACUGACUCUACAGGACAUGAUACAACAGAGAAAAGUGAGAGUAGCAGUGAUUCUGAGGAGAAACAAACAGGCCUGUCAGUUGAUUCUUUGCCAGAUAAUGCACCUAAAGAGGAUGAUGGUGGGUCUGGUUUGUAGGAAAUUAUUACCAUGCUUUCUUGACUCAAACAAUUAAUUCUUGUCAAAAUGGUCACUAUAUGAGAAUGUUGGGAAUUAAAGGUCAACUAUUCAUUUUUAUUCUGUAAAAUAAAAAUAAUCGUGAUGAAGAUUUUUGCUGUAACCGAGCAGCCCUAAUUACAUAUUUAAUUUGAAUAUUAAUGGCAAAAACAAAGCAUCACAAGACAGUGAUCAGGUCAAGCUGGACAUUGAUAGUGAAUUGAGAAAAGCCUUUGAUGGUAAAAAGUCUGCUGCAGUCAUCCACCGUUUUGAGGAGCUCCCUCCUGGAUCCACUCUCAUCUUCUACCGUUACUGUGACCACGAGAAUGCGGCUUAUAAAGAUGUCUUCUUGGUCUUUACUGUAAUGCUUGAUCCAGAAGUGGAAUUGACAUCCAAUGACAGUCUAAGAAGAGUUGGGGAGAUGGUUAAAGAGCACAUAAAACAGAAGAAAAUCAGACACAUUUUUUUCCCACAAAUUACUUUUAACUUUAAAUAUUAGACUCACACUUUGGAUUCAGACAAAAUAUAUAUAUAAAUACAUUUAGGUAUGUGCUGCUGCAUAGGCCUGUUUUCUUCCUUUCACACUGAAUUACAACUUUUCAGAUUAUGAAAUUUAUAUUUAAAAAAAAAGAUAAAAUGAAGGAAGUUAUCCCCUUUUUAGCUCUUUUUUUUCUGUUUUUAUGUAGAUCUUUUUGCAUCUAAAUUAUGUCUUAUAUUAAAGUUAUUUUUUAUCUAUAAAUUUGGUUGGCCAAGGAUUUACCUGUUAUAUGUGUUGUAUGAUUGAUUUAGUUUAUUCUUCAAAGUUUUAUUAGAGAAAAUAAACGUGCCUUAAUAAAUGUAUCAGCUCUA